AGGCAGCUGAGAGGUUUAACGGAUCUGUAUAACAGAGGACAGUGUCCUGGCGUCUUACAGAUACUGUAGUUCCUGUGUGUGGAUGGAGCUGAGGCUGAAGACAUGUCUGCACAGAUUCUGUUAGCGUUGCUGGCUCUGUCCUGCUGCGUCUCUGCUCAAGUGGAGAACCAGGCCAGGGAGUUUUUGGAGAAGUUCGACGAAGAAGCCAGUGCCCUCAUGUAUAACUAUUCUCUGGCAUCAUGGGCUUACAACACCAACAUCACCAAGGAGAACUCGGAAAUAUUGGCAAAAGAAGGACAGAUUUGGAGCGAAUUCUACACCCAAAAAUCAGAAGAGUCUCUAAAGUUUUCCAUUGAACAGAUCAAAGAUCCAGAAAUCAAAUUACAGCUCAUUUCCCUUCAAGACAAAGGCUCUGGUGCUUUACCGAGUGAUAAGGCCGAACAUUUGAAUAAAGUCUUGAGCGAAAUGAGCACAAUCUACAGCACAGCAACAGUGUGUCUGCCCGACGACCCCUUUAACUGCCAGACUUUGGAGCCAGGUCUGGAGCAUGUGAUGUUCAACAGCGUAAACUACGAAGAGCGCCUGCACGUGUGGGAAGGCUGGAGGAAGGAAGUGGGGAGGAGAAUGAGGCCUCUGUAUGAGGACUACGCCGAUCUGAAGAACGAAGCUGCCAAACUCAAUAAGUUUAAAGACUAUGGAGACUACUGGAGGUCCAACUAUGAAACCGUUGAGGAGGUUGAUAAGUACAAAUACACCGGAGACCAGCUCAUGGAAGAUGUCCGUUCAAUAUACAAAGAGAUCCUGCCUCUGUAUAAGGAGCUUCAUGCCUAUGUGAGGGCCAGUCUGAUGAAGGUCUACCCGGGCCACAUUGAUCCGAAAGGACCCCUGCCAGCUCACCUGCUGGGCGACAUGUGGGGGCGAUUCUGGACAAACCUGUACCGUCACAGUAUCCCAUAUCCAGAAAAAACAGAUAUUGAUGUCAGCAACACCAUGGUGGCGAAGGGCUGGACCGAGACUCGACUCUUUAAAGAAGCAGAGAAGUUUUUCAUGUCCGUAGGUAUGGAGAAGAUGUUUGACAACUUUUGGAAUAACUCUAUGCUGACGAAGCCUGAUGAUGGACGUCAGGUGGUGUGUCAUCCCACUGCGUGGGAUAUGGGGAACAGAAUGGACUACAGGAUCAAAAUGUGCACCAAGGUCAACAUGGAGGACUUCCUCACGGUGCACCAUGAGAUGGGACACAACCAGUACCAGAUGGCUUAUCGCAACCUGUCCUACCUCCUGAGGGACGGAGCCAACGAGGGCUUUCACGAGGCUGUGGGCGAAAUCAUGUCCCUCUCUGCUGCGACACCCAAACACCUCCAGAGUCUGGAACUUUUGCCCGCCGACUUCAUAUAUGAUAACGAACCUGAGAUCAACUCCAUGCUGAAACAGUCUCUCGCCAUCGUGGCCACAUUGCCCUUUACCUACAUGUUGGAGGAGUGGAGGUGGCAGGUGUUUGCAGGAAACAUCCCCAAAGAUAAAUGGAUGAAGACAUGGUGGGAGAUGAAGAGAGAGAUGGUGGGGGUCGUAGAGCCUGUGCCCAGAGACGAGACGUACUGUGACCCCCCUGCUCUGUUCCACGUAUCUGGAGAUUAUUCUUUCAUCAGGUACUUCACCAGAACCAUCUACCAGUUCCAGUUUCAGAAGGCGCUUUGCGAUGCAGCCAAUCACACGGGACCGUUGUCAUCAUGUGACAUUACUAACUCUAAAGAAGCCGGAACUAAACUGAAGAAUAUGUUAGCGCUGGGCAGGUCACAGUCCUGGACAAAGGCUUUGGAAACCAUAUCUGGGGAUGUGAAAAUGAACGCCCAACCCCUGUUGGAUUAUUUUAAAAAACUGUACGAAUGGCUGAAGGAAGAAAAUAGGAAACACGGCAGGACUGUAGGCUGGGACCCAAGCAUUGACCCAUACUCAGAGAAUGCAAUCAAAGUGAGAAUAAGUUUGAAGGCUGCUAUGGGCGACGGUGCUUACCCGUGGAACAGUAAUGAGAUGUACCUGUUUAAGACCAACAUGGCAUAUGCUCUGAGGCAGUACUACAGCCAGAAGAACCAGACUCUUCCCUUCACAUCAGCGAACAUUCACACCUACAACGAAACUCCCAGGAUCUCCUUUUACAUGGCCGCCAGCCGCCCAUCAAGUUCAGAGUACAUCCCGAAGAGUGAUUUGGAGGCUGCCAUCAGGUUAUCCCGAGGUAGAAUCAAUGAUGCCUUUCAACUGGAUGACUGGACGCUUGAGUUCUUAGGCAUCCCAGCAACACUGGCGCCCCCUGUAGAGCAGCCAGUGGAGGUGUGGCUGGUUGUAUUCGGAGUUGUCAUGGGAGUGGUGGUCCUAAUGGGCAUGUUUCUCAUCAUCUCUGGUGUCAGAGAGCGCAAGAAGAGAUCUGCCAGGCCAUUGGUGAAUAAUCCUUAUGAAACUGAAGGGCAAACCAACAAGGCUUUCGAGGACAACGAAGGUGAACAAACUGGAUUCUGAUUUUGGAGUCACCAGCCAGGAGUGAGAAUGUGAAGAUCGUUGCUUUUAUAAAGCUGUUCCUGUUUUUAGCAAAGCUUCAUGGUUUCUCAUCAGACAAACGCACCAGCGCACGUGUAUGAGUGUAAAUUAUUUGUCGGUCUCCACAUGUGGGCCUAGUUGUUAUUGUUCACUAAAGUUAACAACAAUAAAGUUGAUUGUAUGUUAAUUAGCA